AGCACAGCAGGAGCUUAGAGGAUGGCUGCGUUAGCAGGGAGCUCAUCAUGGGAGCUGCUACACUACCAGAGAGAUUUUGCAGCGUGGGGUGUCUUCUGAACUGCCACAAUUUGCAGUUGGAAUAGACUCAGUUAGUUGUCUUUGUGCAAACCGAAGCUGCUUUGUGCAGUAUAAUCUAGUGAUAGUUUUAUAUCCAGUAAGGCCAUGGUAAUUUGUGGAGCCAGAGAAAAUGAAAUCUUGGUGAAAUGGGAACACAGUUAUUCAGGAAGAGUGCUGGACUUCCAUGUCACACUGAAAAGCUGGGAGCAACUGAUGUGGCUUUGAAGUCAAUUCUAUGCCUUAGCUCUCCUUCAAACCUGUAUCUCCCGAUGCAGCAUACAAAUGUCUCGUUGACUGUGCAAUGAAACUGACCUCAAAGUAGAGUUUGUAAUCCAAAGAUAAAAAUAAAAUUGGAGAAGUUUGAAUUUGCAGAAUUGUGUACCCUGAAAUGUGGGAUCAGUAGGUAUAGAAGAACUUACAUAAAAGGUUAGUUUGCUACACAAAUUUGAGACUUAAUUCCAGCUCUUCUCUCAUUUUCAUCAGCAUAGGUGUUUGAGAUUUUAAGUGAAUGAAAUGAAAUUUAAUCAAAUGGAUUACGCUUUCUAAUAAAGUUGCCUGUGCUCCACGUCUCUAUAUGACCAGAAUAAGGAUCUGCAUUUCACCAGUAUAGUACUUGCAGAUUAUGCUGAAGAUGAAAAAAGAAAAGAAAACUUGUAUAAUCUAUUUGGUAGAGCACAUUAAUAUUGAUGUUUAACUCCUAUGAGGAGUUUUUACUAAGCAGCUGUGUUUUCUUUAGCCAUCUGAAUUCAGCUGUGAGAAGCUGCACAGCUCGGCACCUCUCAGACACUGUAGAACAUAUGGGCCUGGACCGGAUUCUGUCUAAAAUCAAAGUUGUCGCUGAUAGGCUUUUCCCUGCAAUAGUCAGGUUUACACAGGAUAGUUCACAACAAACAAGGUAUUAUGGUCAAAAGAUGCUCUUCAGUAUGAUGACUCAUCCUGAUUUUGACAAAACAAUUGAGAAGUAUGUGUUGACCAAGGACUUGCCUUAUAUUAGGAAACAUGUUGCCCAACUACGUGAAAAGGGUUUGGGUGGGCUGCCAUUAGAUACACCCUCAGCAAAAGGAAGACAUUCCCAUACUCGUAGCGUUGGACGUUUGAGAGAUACUAUCAACAUCACUGACAGAGAGACUACAGAAGCCUAUGAAGUCAAAAGAAAAACAGCUCCCCGUAAUUUACUAGAAAAUGAAGAAUAUGUUAAAGACAUUACAGGUUUAUUGACCGCAAAGGACUUCCGUGAUCGAAUACGUGGCAUUAAGCAGUUGUUACUUGAUGCAGAGCAUAACCAAGGCUUUGUUGUUGCAAACAUCGUGAAGAUUUUUGAUGCUUUCAACUGUCGCUUAAAUGACUUAAAUGGCAAAGUAAAUCGGAUUGCUUUGGAGACGAUGCACCAGAUAAUUCCGUUGCUGAAAGACAAUUUAUCACCUGUGAUCAACAUGUUAAUUCCCGCCGUGGUUGACAACAACCUGAAUUCCAGAAACCCAGGGAUUUAUGCAGCUGCCAAAAAUGUUAUUCAAGCUCUGUGUCAACACCUAGACAACUACUUGCUCCUUCAGCCAUUUUGCACAAAAGCCCAGUUUCUAAAUGGAAAAGCCAAACAAGACAUAACAGAAAAGCUUGCUGAUAUUGUGAGGGAGUUAUACCCACGGAAGCCUAAGAGUGUGGAGCAGAAAGUUCUAGUUGUCCUUUGGCACCUUCUGGGAAACAUGACGAACAGUGGCUCUUUGCCUGGGACUGGAGGGAACAUUCGGACAGCCACAGCAAAACUGUCAAAAGCACUUUUUGCACAGAUGGGACCACGUCUCUUAACUUGUGCUGCAGCUCAGUCACCACACAUCAAGAAGACUUUAGAAGAACUUUUGGAGGCAGAAAGCUAAAGUAAUGAUUCCUGUGCGUGCAUGAAGCUCCAUCAGCUGCUAGGACAGAUGGACUGCUGUUUGUAUGGAAACACUCCACACCAUCUCCUGUUCUUUUAUUGUGCUGAUGGCU